AUGGUUCAGCGCCUCCCUUGGAAGCUAUUCUGGAGAUUUUACGCUGGGCGAAGGCACAUGCCACAGAUUUUCGAAUCUCUUGGAUCUGAAACUUGUACCAAGGUGUAUUUUGGCGUUGGCGAACCCACUUGUGCAGAAGUGAUUAUUGCGAAUAGCUUCCUUGCAUAUGUCUUUGCUGAGUAUGCUGUUAUUCACGGAGAUUCAAAGCAUAGAGACUACUGUCAGUUUCACCGAUCGAGCCUUGGCAGUGCACUUCUCAGGCUCCCACUGCUGUUACCAGCCUCUAUGGAACUUGUCGCUGCAUUGACUCUUGGGACAUUGGGUUACCAUCGACUUGAUAGAUACUCGGGUGGUGAUCAAGAGAUACAGACUCAGCUAUUUUGGGCUGUGUACAGCUAUGAGAAUGGCCUGUCUUUGCGGUUGGGCCGUUACUCUGGCAUCAGAGAUUCUGACAUUACUUUGGUCAUUGAGCCGAGUCAUCACAGAGCAAUCCGAUUCGGACGGAUACAAGGGAGAAUCUACAGUCACCUGUAUAGCCCAGAAGGCCUCACUUAUACGAACGAUGCACGUGAAGAGGCUGCCGGUGUCCUCGCACAAGAAAUCCAGUCGAUCAUAGACGAGACUCAGGCGGACAUUGCGGCAGCGUUGUGCCAAAGCUCAACUGUGGAGGAGAAUCCUGCGAGAGUGAUCUACUUACAUUGUGACCUAGUCUGUCAGUCAUCGAUGAUGUCCAUGGUUCUCAGAGCAAUACCUACUCCUACAGGCACAGAUGCUAUCGACAACUGUGUCACUGUAGCACGCAAUACCUUGGACUUGCACGGGCAAUGCAUGAAGCUUGUUGAUGGAUGCAAAAAUCCUCUGUUGAUGAAGAGAUAUAUCAGCUGCAUCGUUUUUGAGCAUGCUGUACGUCACUCAAACACAGAUGAUCUUGACCGUCUUGAUCGAUUCGCUGCAUCAUUCAAAUCUGGUACUGUUGGCCAUGCGGCAAUGACCCACCCGCAUCGUCUGUACGAGCUUCUUAGUCAGGCUGCUCGUCUCACUGUUCAGUUAGGUCCAACACCGCAAUACGAUAACUCGAUACUAUCAACUUCCAUUGAUUCGGUCAUGGUCGAGCCUGUCGCAGAUACCCUGAACGACACGAGUCUUGAGGUUAUGAGUCUCCCUAGUGAACAAGACACAAUGUUUAAUAUAGGUGACUGGUUCCACAGUAACCAGCAGUUUUUGCGACUACUGCAUGAGGACAUAGCAUACUGA